GUUUGUGGUGCUAUAUAAAGUAAGACGCCGAGCGUCCCAAGUAGUUAUCGAAGUUAAACGAUAGGAUUACGAAAAAUGUGGAAUACCAUUCAGGUCGUUGCUUUCCUACUCUGCGUGAACGUCAUGUACAGUCAUGCACUGUGGAUACCAACUGGACGAAGGGAUGAAAUAAACUUCCAAGAAUACCCAGGCGGAAUCUGGUUUGGAACUCAAGACUUGGCUUGUGUCAGUAAAAUAAGGGCCAAACGCUUCGUAUUUCGAUCUCCCAUACGCAUUGCACAUCGCCUGAUUUACUAUCGUGGGCUGAUCUUCGAGUGGGGAGUUGGUAAUGAGAAUAGCGAGAAGAGGUAUUCUUAUAGAGAUGAACCUUACGUUCCACACUGCGAGGUCCGCUGGGAGAUUUGGCCAGCAGCGGAGAGUACCUGUAGCAUUGAAGCCGCCAAAGCGUUUACACGAUCCUACAAAUCGAGGUUUGGAGACUACAACCUGUUUGGCAACAACUGCCACAUGUUUGCCAUGCGUCUAGCGGGCAUGUUGAAAAACGGCGAUUGUUAACCUCGCUUCGGGGCUGCGGAAACAGGUGAUGAGGACUGGAUGGUGAAGUUGGCAAAAUGUGGCAAAUAUUGUACUAUAUUUGAGUUGUAACAGGAGAAACAUUCACAAUCAUUUUAACAAACUCAAAUUUAAUAAAUGCCUUAUGUCGGGAAAUAACUGAGCUGUAUGUUUUGAAAAUACAAGAAGCCUAUGAAUCACUAACGUACCCAUUUGAGAAUAAGUAAGGUAGUAUUUCUUUUUUGUGUUCAUACUGCGAGAAAAAAUAAUUUGAACUUGAAAACAUGCAUUUGCGAGAUAUGAACUAGUUUAAUUUAGACGACAAGUUUUCAGUGUGCAACCAGUUUUAUGCAUGACUGCCUUGUUUUAUACUACCCCAUUACAAUUAUUCAGAUUCAUUUAUAUUCUAAAGAGGUUUAUGAAUAAAACUUUGCUGAGCAACUAAAAU